AUGUCAUCCACGGUUUCAAUUUUUCUUUUGGGAGGUUUCAACCACCAAAUUUUGCCAAACAGAUUAGCCCUUGUGGUGUUCAAAGCUCACUAUUUGAAUUUUGAAUUUUCACUUUUUGAUCAUCAAGUGGCCACAAACAGACUCUGUAUAUUGAGCCGGUGGUGCCAAAGCACGAAGUCGGCACCUUGGCUACUCCUGCCCCGGCCGCCCCGACUCUGGUGA